UCUAGAUCAGCCUGAAAAAGCGCCAACCUGGUUCUAGUCUUCUAGAAAUGUUCUCAAGUUGAACCGGUUCGUGAGCAAUGUGAAACCGCUAUACCAACCGAGUUAGCCCGAGAGUGGUUCCAUGGUUCCACCCAACAUCACAACCGAAACCUGAAGCUGAUUCCGCUGGGCACCGCAAAGACCAACUCUGACAUCAGUUCCAGCCCGCCAAGGUAUCGAAAUGCCAUCGAGGACCACGUCCACUCUUCUCGAAUCCCGAUGGGCUCCGCGCCCAGAGGAGUCAAAGACGAAGCGGUCAUCCUCCACGUCCCGAGGGGGGAACCACCCAGCUCCCUCGCAGGAACUGGCCCGCUUCAUGAAAAUCGUCGGGCGAUUAAAGUGGAAAUUGCCCUUUCUGGCGGAGGGUUACCGCCUUGCCACACUCCCCGCCGACGGUGGCGUGGAUGUUGCGCAUGCGGAGAUCAUGUUCAAGAUCGAUUUCUUUGAAUACUAUGCGCUUCUGGAGCGGGCGAUCGUGCAUUUACUCGGCGUCUUCGGCGUGACAGUCACUGGCGCUUUCACUAGAUCGCAAUCGACUCCGAGGCUGGGGAGGAAUGGAUCCCCGGUGGCUACGCACCGGUAUCAUGCCAAUGUCUUGGAUACGUUGGAAAGCGAGAGCUGCCCAUUGUAUGCUGUUCUUGGGACCGGAAACGUGCGCGAGCAGCUGCGGAAGGCGAAGGAAUUGCGUAAUCGCUGGAAGACAGCCGACAUGUCGAAAGAAGAGGCAGAGAAUGACUCGUUUCGUCGACCAAGGGAGACUGCGAUGCCGCUUGAAAGCUACGACUUCGACCAUAUUCUAUCAGAAAUCUUCGUGGGUCUAGAAGAUGGACUUGCACUGGCCCGGGAGCAUGUAGCUAAGAUCGAGAGUGGUAUCGGUGACGGCUUGUCGGGCGAUUCGGAGGCAGAUUGGGAUUUCAUUGUCGACGCUAUGGAUUGGGAGGCAGUGUGAGGAUUUCCUUCGCAUUUCUCUCUUCUUUGUUGUAUUUUAGGGGCUUCAUGGGUUCGCUGGCGUUUGUCGUUUCCCCUUUGUCGUUGUAUAUUACUGUCUUCUUGUAUAAUAUAGACUACCCGGAAGGUUGUCACCCGGUUGUGCAGACUACACCACCGUGCUAAAACCUGAAGAGCG